CCUGGAACCGACAUAUAGAAAGAGGGCGCUUUAUUUUCACACGUGCAUGAGCUAUAUGAGUCUGCUUCACCCGUCAAUUAUUUGUGCAACUGGUCUUAGCCAAUCCCUUCAGUCUGCAUCCCAUUACCAUGGCAACCAAGGAGGAUGAUUUAGAGGUGCCUCCUGAUUGGAAGGAUUCAUUCACCAAGGAGGAUAACCCCCACGGCUUGGCAGGAGAGAGCUCCUUCGCCACUCUCUUUCCAAAGUAUCGCGAGAAGUACCUCAAGGAAUGCUGGCCGUUGGUCCAGAAGACUCUAAACGAACAUGGCAUCAAAGCCAACCUUGACCUCAUAGAGGGCAGUAUGACGGUCAAAACAACGAGACAGACGUGGGAUCCGUUCAUCAUCAUCAAAGCCAGGGACAUGAUUAAGCUUCUAGCCAGGAGUGUACCUUUUGAACAGGCAAUGCGAAUAUUAGAGGACGACGUCUCUGCAGAAGUGAUUAAGAUCGGUCGUAUGGUGAGGAACAGAGAGAGAUUCGUCAAAAGAAGACAGAGACUUAUUGGACCCAAUGGCUCUACACUUAAGGCGAUCGAGUUGCUCACCAACUGUUACAUCAUGGUGCAGGGGAACACUGUAUCGGCAGUCGGACCUCACAAAGGUUUACGGGACGUCAACAAGAUAGUCACAGACACACUCAACAAUGUCCAUCCUAUAUAUAAUAUAAAGGUUCUGAUGAUAAAACGAGAGCUGAUGAAAGACGAUAAACUGAAGAGUGAAUCGUGGGAUAGGUUCCUCCCCAAGUUCAGGACCAAGAACCUGAAGAAGAGGAAACGCCCGCAGAAAAUAGGAAAGAAGAAGGAGUAUACACCAUUCCCUCCACAGCAACCAGAAACUAAGAUUGACAAGGAGCUUGCUACAGGGGAAUAUUUCCUAAGAGAGAAUCAAAAGAAGGCCAAAGUGAGGCAAGAGAAAAGGAUAAAGCAAGCUGAGGCGGAAGUGAAGAGAAAAGACAAACGUGAGAAGCCUUUCAUACCUCCUAAGGAGCCUACAAUAUCGGAGACCAAACCAGCACCCAAACCAGACAGCAAGAUUGAUGUGAAUGCAUUCAAAGCAAAGAUCAAGCAAUCACAGUCCAAGAAGUUCCGUCAAUCAGUAACCAAGUCAACGUUAACAACUCCAGGGAGUACAAAGAAGAAGAAAAAGUGAUCGUUGAAAGAUUGACCCAGAAAACUGUAAUAUAAUGUGGAAUAUAAGACUUUAUUGUUGUUUUUAGAAGAAUUUUGAGAAGGAACAGUUAUCAUCAUUUCUCAUUCAGUCAUUCAGGUAUUGGCUUUGCUGAUCAAUAGAAAGAAUGAGAGAAGAUGAAACCAUGAGAUGAAGGAGAAUGAAAUGGAGACAUGCCUAGAUACAGAAGUCUUUUUCAGGGAUUACAAGAUUCUGAGCAGAAUUUUGGGAAGGAAAAGUCAUCAGCUCGUCCACCAUGAGA